AAUCAGAGUUAAUAAUUUAUUUAGCUCGGAACUGGCUAUUGAGGAAAUUUUGAAGAGGAUAUAUCAAAUUUUACGUUUUAAAACGACUUUUUUAAAAUCUAAGCGGAAAAAAUAUUAACUAUGCAACCAAAAUUUUAGUAAAGUUCUUCAGGUAAAUGUUCACCUCAAUUAUUUCAGUUUUUAUUCAAAUCAUAAGUUAUUCGUUUUGUUUAUAUUGCCGCUUGAGUGAUAUGCAAAUUUAUUUGCAGAUAAUAGCCUAACAACGAGUUUAAUCAAGUAACAAUAUUAUCCGAGUUGAAUAUUUGUUGAUAACACUUGACAAGUAGCGGUCAGAUAUAACUAUGGCUGAAGCUUCAGGAGAUGAUUUUAUAGGAAAUGCGGACACUUCAUCUUUCUCGACGCUUGACAAUACAGAUGCAACCGCCUCAAAUGAGCCCUCGCUCAUUGAAGGAAAAAUCAAGCUCCCUAAAAUUGAUUGGAAGUUAAUUAUGGAAGAAAAUAGCGAAAAUGAUAUGGAUCUCAAGAGCAUAUUUGAAAAGCAAUCAAAAGAUGAAACAAUUGAUGAGAGUAAGACUGGAAUGGCUGCUAUGUAUUUACAACCAACAUAUCACAAAGCAGAUCAAUCAUCUAUGUUUGAGGGAGGUUUGGAUUCAAUGAUGUUUGAGAAAACAAACGUUUCGUUAAAACCUGUUCAACCGGAUCUGAUUGAUUUGCGAUCAGACGACGAUCGAGGGUUUUUUGAUGAGAAUGGUGAAAAUAUGUCUCAGCAAAGUGACGAAAAAUUCUGCUCAGGCGAAAAUUACGAAGCGAUAUUCGAUGCUGACGAAGAACAAGUAAAACAGGAUCAUCCAGUUCUAGAAAGACAAUUUCUUGAAUCGGAGGAGCAGGACGAUAGCUGUGAAGUUUCGAAAUUUUUGGGUGGAUCAACGCAUACUGCUGCCUCGUGGGAAGAAUGGUAUACAUCAUCUGAUAAAAUUGAUGGUCAAAAGGCUUUUCAAGCUGCUGUGUUUAGCAAGUCGGAACCUCUAGGCUCGCUUACUGCUAAUGAUCUAAUAAGACGACCCAGCUGGGGAAAGGAAAUAGUUUCUCCACCUGUCCAUCGACAAGCCACCCCGCUCAUUGACCAACCUACAUCUUAUAAAGAAAGCAAUGAGGGUGAUGACAAAGAGAAUUGUAUUAAAGCAUUAGAUUAUGAGGAUGAAGUUGAUCCAUUCAAGAGACCAUUGACACCUACCCCUUUAGAUAACCAUAUGAAUAAUAGUGAUGUAUUCAACGAUUCUAAAUGGAGUGAACAUCGCCUCUCUUGCAAUUCCGAGAAAGUUUGCCGAUUAAGUACUGAAAGUCUUGAAUCGAAGCCGUCUGACGAUUGCACCAGAAAAGAUUCAGGAGAUAGUAAAAUUACAUCAACUACAUCUGUGUGGUCAAAUCAGACGAAUGAGCCUCAUUUAUCGCUGGAAAAUCCUGUUACCUCACAAAAUUUAACAGAUGAAGUUAUUGAUCAAGAAGAUGAUAUUCAAAAGCUUAUCGAAAUAUUGAUAAAAUCCAAAAAAGCAUCGGUAGAGAGGAGUGAGAAAAAAAAGAUACCUCACUCAACAGUAGAAGCCAUAAAGAAAGAGAUAGAACUGGCUUUAGAAAAAGAGGAAGAUCGCCAUUGGGCUUCGCCUCGUCCUAGUGCUAUAGGUUUGAGGGGUAGCAUGAAAGAACGAGACAAGAGACAAGAGCAGGAUUUAAUAGAACAUAGUUUGCACAUGAGGAGGAACAGUGGAGAGAAACAGAUGACUAGCACUCCUAAUACAAUGAAAGUUCCACCGACGCCAUCAGGAUUUAUUAAUGCAAAUGAUUCGUAUAGAAGAUAUCACGAUGAAACUGAAAGUAGUAAACUUACUGUGGGAGCAUUGGCUCCAGACACGAAGUUAAGUAUUGGACUUCUCCCGCCUGAAGAUUCGUAUUAUACUCCAAGUCCAGAUACACCAUUCGCUCCUCAGUGGCAAAGCACGCCUGCUGUUUUAAGUACCCCUCCGAACACAAGUGGACCAGUUUUUAUAGAUGUUAUUCCUAAAGAACUCAUAUUUGAUAGUAAUGUUUGUGUCGGUAUGAGUAUCAGUAGUUUAAUUUCCAUUACAAAUCCUACUUCUCGAUGGUUGUCAGUUUCCUUGUUUGCCAGCAAAAUAACCCUGGAUAGUAAAACACUUUCAGAUUCGGAAGUUCCAUUUUUAUUUAAGAGCAGUGACACUAUAGAGCCUGGGUGUACCCGUGACGUAAGAAUUUUAUUUGUUCCAAAAAUUGCUGGUCUAUAUGUCGGAGAGAUUCGAAUUGAAGUUGUUCCAGCUGCAAAAAGAAACACCACUUCAGGGUUUGCUACUUAUGUAUAUAUUUCUGCUGAAGCUGAACUACCUGUUAUAGAAGUUGCCCCUUCUGCUGAAUUAAAUUUCGGAAACUUGUGUUGGGAUGUGUGUGAAAAUAAGUUUUUAACCUUAAGAAAUUAUUCUAAAUGUGAUCUACCUGUUAAAUUAACUAUAGAAAAUUCAAAACAUUUUUAUUUUGCUCCUUCGAACGUGAAUCGACCGACGACUGACAGCUACGUCAUUCCAAAGGCUGACAAUUCAAGACCUGACGCAAAUGUUCUCCAUAUCUUUGUGUUUUGUACAUGUUCCUUAGUGGACGCCCUAAAUCAGAAUCCUUUACAAUUGAAUGCAAUACUCUCUCUGGAUUUAGAUACACCUGGUAGUUCAUUAAAUUUGGGAAGAAUAUCUUUAAAGGCAUUAGUCGGAAGUCCUAUAUUGCAUACAAAUACAAGAAGUUUGCGUUUUAUAGUCUUUGAAGGAAAGAGAGAAAAAGAGAGUAUUUCUAGACAGAAAUUUAGGGUAAAAAAUUCUGGAACUAUACCCAUUGAGGUUAAUACUAUGUCUGAGAAUAAUUGCUUCCGUGUUGAACCUAACGAUUUCAGACUAAAUCCGAAAGACGAAUGUGAAAUUACUGUCAAAUUUAGCUGUAUUGGAAAUGAAGAAGAAAAUUCAGAAAUUAAAAGUGCUAUAGUUCUAAGGAGAAAGCCUGGAGAUAAAGAUUUUGAAAUAGAUGCAAUGGCAAUUGUUAAACCAAUUCCAACUAUUGAAGCCAAUAAGAAUUCUCUUAUGUUUGGUAGAAUCACGAAAGGAGAGCUUAAGAGGAGAGAACUAAUAUUGAAAACAACUAGUCAAAAGAAAGUCGAUAUACGAUUGAGUGUCAAACAUCAAAGCGGUUCCGGAUUUAAAGUAGAGAGUACUGAUGAACUAGUACUUUCCCCUAAUAAAGGAGAAGAAAUCAGCCUUUCCUGUUCUAAUCAGUCAGGCAAAUUGGAAAAUAUAUUCAUAGAAGGGGGCCUGUCCGUUAAGGAAUCUUGGCACACGAAUUGUUUUUUACCGUUGUAUGCCUACUCUGGUUCCGCUGAACUUGUCGCUCCUGGAACCAGAUUUCGACCAGACAAUGGUUUCGGGAUGAUACAAAUUGAAACUAUACGGCCCGAUGGAAAAGGCACAUGCUACCUGACUUUAAAAAAUGCAGGAAAUAUGUGCUCUUUCAAUAAAAUAUUGGCAUUUAGAGACACUGACUGUCAAGAAAAGUUUGAACACAUUGAGUUGGAAAAUUAUGAAUUUUGCCUGUUACCCAAUCAAGUAAAGGAAAUUCAAAUCAAAUUGAAGGUAGAUGAGAUGUUCGUUGUUGAUAAACAGUCUGUAUGUGGAGUUUUGUGCGUUUUUUAUGGGGAGGAAUUCGCAAGGAGGAUGCUUAAAAAAACUUACGGCUCAGGAUCUCAUAUAAAAGGAGAUGAUAUUCUUGCGGAUACGAAUUUUACAGGAAACUUUAGAAAUGAGGAUUCUUGUACAGCCGAAAAGUCGCUUCCUUCUAGAAUUCGUAUUGACUCUAAGACUUUUAUUCAAGACUUGAAAAGGAUAAAGUUUUUGAUAACCUUUGAUCUAAACGACACACAACGAUUUCAGCCACUACAGGCUUCUCAUGAUGUUACAGCUCUUGAAGAAGCAAGGAUGCUAAGCGCAACUAUUAGACGUGACUCAUCCAAAGAUACGGAGUUGCCACCUGCUUAUUGGGAAACUGAUGAACCAUCUUGGCAACUAGAACCCAAAUCCAUAUCAAUUAGUUCAAACAAAAUAUCUGAUUUAGGCUGUAGUACUGUAAAACUUAUAAAUUCUUCAUCUCAUACUUUACGAUUCGACGCAAACUGGCCUGCUCAUACAAUUAAUAUAUAUCCUGGAAAAGGUCAUAUCUCACCAAAAUCCUCAGUUGCAUUAAGGGCUUCUGUUGUCGAAGAUGCUGAUAUUACAACAUUUCCGUGGACAGGCUCCGUAUUCGUUGUUUGCAAUAAAGAGACAAAGAAAUUUGACGUCGAAAUUGUUGAAGGCAGUCAGACCACUCCGACACAACAUCGCCAUGACUCUCGAAAGGCAGCACCAACCAAUGUAGCCUCAAAUUCUUCUCUACUCGUUUUUCAACCAAUGGUUGACUUUGGUCGUGCUAAAUCUGGCAGGCUUGAGGAGUUAGAAUUUGAGUUACAGAAUACCACAACAGAUAUUGUAGAAUGGAGUUUGAGUCCUUUCGCUCCCCCUUAUUCAAAAGCAUCUAACAGUCGAGACUAUUUUCGAGUGACUUACGUUGUUUUUCAGUUUUCAAAAGUAGCAGGUAUCGCUCAGGGUAACUCUACUUGUAAGAUAACUGUUCAAUUUCGACCUCUGGACUCUGGAUUAUUUACUCAAACAUGGGAAGUAAAAUGCAAGAAUAGAUGGAAAACUAGUGUUUCAAGAGUGACGUUGAAAGGAGAAUCGUUUGAAUUAUUAUCAGCUACGGCCCCUGCUAGAUCUGUACCACCAUCUUCUCAAUCGACGGAUUCAACAACUGUUAUACAAGGUGUUUCAAUCGGUCCUAAUUCGGUUGAUUUUUGUACAAGUAUUGGUAAAUCCGAAACUAAAAAGCUGGCCAUUAAGAAUCGUUGUAAAAAAUCCGUAAAAAUGACUUUUGAUAAACCUUCCGAACCUUUCUCUUUAAAAUGUUCGAAUGUUACAAUCAGAAACGGGCAUUUUUUAAGUUUGCCUGUCACUUUCUCCCCACCAGUAGCGGGGGAAUAUACAGCUCGAAUGGUUUGCUACUGCGAAAAAGGAAGUGCCACGUUAUACUUGAACGGAAUUUGCAAGUGA